AUUUCUAAUUGCUUCCUCCCGUAUCUCUCUUUCCGUCUUUCCUUCACAAUUUCUCACACAAACCCUAGCCACCGCCACCGCCACCGCCACCGCCAGCUCACCACAGCCACCGCCACCGCUACCGCCAGCCCACACUUCAUAGCCCUAAGCCCCUAAGUCCCGUAUCUCUCUUUCUGUUUUUCCUUCACAAUUUCUCACACAAACCCUAGCCACCGCCACUGCCAGCACACCACAGCCACCGCUACUGCCACCGCCAGCCCACACUUCAUAGCCCUAAGCCCCUAACCUUUCUCCCGUUGGUCAGCUUCCUUUACAUUAGAAGUAGUAGCAGCUAAACAGCAUCGGCGGUCUGACACAAUGCUAAGUUAUUGAAUUGUCUUUGCUUACUCCUAUCAUGCUUUGUUUGGAAAGUGGAAAAUCCUAGCAAGUGGUUUGGUGCCUUUUGUUCCCUUGCAUCCUGCUUUGGUCCGAAAAUAGAAAAGCUUUUGCAGUAAAAUUUCUGUUCAUUCCAGAUGGGUUGCCCUGGGGCUGGGGGGAAUUGGUGGAUUGUAUGAUCAAGUGCAACUGGGAGAAAAUGGUUAUCCCUCCUGUAAUUCGGCCAGAAAGAGUUACCAAUUUUCUCAAGCCUUAUGUCCUGAAGAUGCACUUCACGAAUAAGUUUGUGUCUGCUCAGGUAAUCCACACACCAACAGCAACUGUAGCAUCCUCUGCCAGCUCACAAGAGCAGGCACUGCGGUUAAGCAUGGAAAAAGCCAAAGAAAGUACAAGGGAUGUUGCAGCUGCUGGCAAAAUAGGCAAGAUAUUGGGCGAGCGUCUGCUUCUCAAGGGUAUUCCGGCUGUUUCAAUUUUCUUGAAGAGAGAACAGAAGUAUCAUGGCAAAGUUAAAGCAGUAAUUGAUUCCGUGAGGGAAGCAGGUGUCAAAUUAGUUUAAAUUUAAGAAUCAGCUCCAUUCAAGAGUAGCAAAUGCAUGCCCCGCAUGCAUUUUUCUGAAGCCCUCUUUCUUUAACUAGAGGGUCUUUGCUAUUGUGACAAGGAUUAGAAGAAUCAGGGUUAUAUAUUAUUAUUAUUU